CACUUCAACAACCUUUAUCUCUUUCCAUUUCUUCACCAUCAUCAAGACUUCACACAAACUACUUAUCUGACCUCUCACUCAAUUUAAACAUUGCAAUUUAUAAUAUUCAAGAUUUUAAUAAUCCAGAAAAAAAGCUCUUAAUAGAAGAAUAUUGCCUUCAAAUAAUUAAUAUAUAA